AUGCUCCAGCGCUGUUUGGAUUUGCAGCCUGCGGUGAAAGAUUUUUUCCUGUACAUUAAGUCGGAAGAAGGCGAGAAGGAGUUUAACGAUCGAUCUACAAAAAAGUUGAAGAUUCCAAGUGCCAAGCAGUGGUUCAUGAUUCAGUGCCUGGUCGAGCUGUUGGCCCCGUUCAGCGUUGCCACCACUAUGCUCGAUGGAGAGACCUAUCCUACGCUGAUAUCUCUUCAUCUUUUCAUCUCUUCACUCAAACGAUCGCUGGACAACCAACAAAUAUUUGAUGUUCUCUAUACAAGUGUCGAGAAGGAGGCAUACGCAAUGGAAGUGCUAUCCAUCAUGCAAUCCGUCCGCCGAAGCUUUUCAGCCUUGUUGAAGCAGCGGUUUGAUAAGGAGGCAGACCCCGACCUUUUGUGGAUAUCGUUGCUUGACCACUACAUGACGAAUUCGGCGAUUUUCACUGCGGAUGAAUAUGAGAAGGCGCGGGAGCACGAGGCGGAGGUCAAAGCUCCCGACAAGCCCCCAUCGGCUUUGUCGUGGUGGAAGCAGAACCAUUCAAAAUUUCCGACUAUUGCUGUUCUUGCUCGCAAGUGGCUUGGAUGCAUCGCUACAUCGGUGCCCUUAGAGCGCGCGUUUUCCACUGCAGGUAACACAGUAACAAAACGACGUUGUUCGCUGAAGGCUAGCACAGUUCGGGAUAUUGUGUUUAUGGCUCAAAAUGGAGCAGCAUGA